AAUUUUUAUGAACGUUGUUGUGGUUUGUCUCGACGCCGCUGGUUUCAGCUGGUGACCUGACCAUUCUGUGCUCAACAUCAGUAGCUUUUCCUUCACCUCUGUAUGUUUCUUGUCUUUGAUUGAUGGGGAUUUCCAGCGUUGGCUAUAAGAGAUUCGUUUCUUGAUUUCGGAAAAAUAAGCGAUCAUGUCAAUGCUAGAUCGAGUGAAGAAUGCUGUCUUGGGCAACCCUGUAGAACGAGAGUAUGACAUUGGGAAACAUAUUGCCAGCGCUGGACCGCAGCUGCAAUGGAAGAUCCACCAGGGAACACGAAAAAGCACGCAAAAGGCGGUCAGUGUGUUCAUCUUCCAGAAGCGCUCCCCGACUCUCGACAAGAUGGACAAAAAGUCUCGAGAGAAGCUGUUCGAGGUGAUGCGUCGCGGGCCGCAGCAGUUGGCUAAACUCCGGCAUCCACUGCUUUUGACAAUAGAUCAUGCUCUGGAGGAAACUCGUGACGUACUGGUGUUCGCCACCGAACCAGUACAGUGCUGCGUCGCAAACGUUCUCGGAAACUACACCAACUUGCCGCAGCCUCUGCCGUUCGCCAUCAAGAACUUCGAGAUGGAUGACGUCGAAAUCCGCAUUGGCAUGCUUGCGGUACUGGGAGGCCUGCAGUUCUUACACAAUGAUGCUAAACUGAUCCAUGGCAACGUUACACCGGAGAGUAUUGUUGUCGUACAGUCGGGUGCUUGGAAGCUGGCUGGUUUCCACUUCCACACAUUCCAGCGAUAUCAACAAAAUGAGGGCAUAAAGGUGUCUGAAUACGACAGCAAAGCGUCCAUCAGCGAGCCAAACCUGGACUAUGUGUCUCCCGAGCGGGUGCUGAACCGCACAAUGGACACCAUGUCGGAUAUCUGGUCGUACGGCGUCACCCUGCACACGGUCUACAACAAAGGACAAGUACCGGCUGCAAGCAACAACAACUUGCUGUCCUACAAGCAAAAUAUUGAGACGAUCAGUCGCAUGGCGUCGGCCGGCUUCGGGAACAUUCCCCUGGAUGCGCGCGAUCAUCUCAAGCACUGCUUGUCGAUGGAGCCGACGGUGCGGCCUGACGCGCUGGCCUCCUCAAAGAUUCCGUUUUACAACGACAGUCGCCUGCAGAUCCUCCAGUACCUGGAAACGCUGAUGCAGCGUCCUGACCUCGAGAAGUCGCAGUUCUUCAAGAAUCUGCACAAGGUCCUGGGAAAGCUGCCAAAGCGUGUGACACUCAACCGGGUCCUGCCAGCGGUCUUUCAGGAGUUCAAAAAGCCGGCUAUGAUCCCGUUUGCACUGCCCAAUGUACUGAUCGUGGUUCAGGACUGUACCCUGGACGAGUAUGCGCUUCAUGUCUGGCCGUCGCUCAAGAGUGUUUUCACGUUACAGGAGCCUAUACAGAUCAUGUUGUUGUUACUACAGAAGAUGGACCUCUUGUUGACGAAGACAGCCCAGCAUGAUGUUAAACACCACAUCUUGCCCAUGAUCUAUCGUGCGCUCGAAUCCGGAAAUCAAGUCAUUCAGGAACUGGUGGUAACAAUCCUGCCCAACUUUGCCUCCAUGGUCGACUACAGCAGCCUCAAGCAUCACAUGGUCCCACGCAUCACCAACCUCUGCCUCUCCACAUCUUUCCUGAAGAUCCGUGUCAAUGCGCUGGUUUGCAUUGGGCGUAUCCUGGACCACAUGGACAAGUGGAUGGUGCAGGAAUCCAUUCUGCCUGUACUGCAACAGAUCCCAUCCCGGGAAGCCGGUGUCCUAAUGGCCAUUCUCGGUAUCUACAGGGAGAUUCUGAACAAUAAGAAGCUGGGUCUGGAGAAGCUACAGGUUGCCACUGUGGUCUUGCCCUUCCUAGUUCCGUUGUCAGUCGAGCCCAGUCUCAAUGCGACACAGUUUGGCACCUUCAUGUCGGUGAUCCGUGACAUGCUGCACGCUGUGGAGAUGGAGCACAUGGCUCAACUCAAGGAGGCCGGCCAGAUGGAGUCAGAAGUAGAAGCAUCGCUGCAGUACGCGCAAGAAGCAGAAGACGCCGUCGCGAUGGACGACAUGAUCAACCGCAUGGAGGAGAUGUUUACACCCGGUGGUGAUGCUGGGAAUGCAGCUCAAGCACCGGCGCAGGCUGCCGCUCCGACUUCGUCUGGCGGUGCAGUGAUGCAACCGUUUGGAAUCGGACCUCCUGCUGUUGCUGCUGCAUCUGCCACAUCAUCCGGAGAGGUGAUGGCACCACUGCAGCCACCACCAUCAGCCACGCCACCAAUCGGCAGUGUUUCCGGCGGCAAUGGUUUUGCUAGUAAUGGCGCUGGUGUGAUCAGCUCCUCGGGACCGGCCGGACCGUCGCUCAGUGACAUCUUUGGCAGCACGCUGGAGCCGAUCGGAGCUCGACCUGUUGCCCCUGCCCCCGUUGCUGCUGGCAUCUCUGCUCCUGCGCCCAUGCAUGCUGCUGCACCUGCGCCCAUGCAUGCUGCUGCACCUGCACCCAUGCAUGCGGCUGCACCUGCUCCGGCUCCCGUUGCUGGAGGUCUGGAUGAGAAUCCGUUUGCUUCGCCACUGCCUCCUUCAGCUGCUCCUGCUCCAACACCGGCAGCAUCCUGGUCAAGUGGCCUACAGAGCCAGGCCACAUUGGAGAAGCAGCGUGCCGAUCAAGAGCGUGAACGCGAGCGCCAGCGACUUGAAGCGGAACGACAGCGCGAGGAAGAGCGGAGACGAGCAAUACAGGAACAGCAGCGCAAAGAAGAGGAGCGCAAACGACAAGAACAACUCCGGCGCCAAGAAGAGGAGCGCAAGAAACAGGAGGAAGAGCGGAGGCGGCAGCAAGAACAGCAGCGCAUCCAACAGCAACAGCAGCAGGAAAAGCUCCGGCAGCAGCAGCAACAACAGCAGCAGCAGUCCAUGCAAGGAUGGGGUGCAAUGUCCACGUCGACGACAGCGAACACGUCGCAGAACGGCAUGGGCUGGGGCAGUGGACUGCAGACGCAGGGGAUGGCAACAUCCAGUCAGCCUACAUCAUCGGCGGCGGCGACGAAUACCGGCUGGGGGUCCACCUCCAUGACACCGUCGUCUUCCCAGUCCGGCGGUAUGAUGUCCAUGGGCCAGCCGUUGCAGCCGCAAGCUGCCGGCAGCAUGUCCUUCGGAGUAAGCCACACGGGCCAGCAGCCGCAGCAGAAUCGUCCGCAACAGCAAGGCAUGCAGCAGCCGAUGAUGCCGAUGAGCGGGGCUGGCGGCAGUUCCAUGUCACAACCCCUCCAGCCCGCGCAGGCGUCCGGUUUCGGCCAAGCUGGUGCCGGCAUGUCCUCCGGAUUUGGUCAGAUGUCCCAGCAGCCCAUGCAGCCAUCGCCGGCUGCUUCGGGCUUUGGUCAGCAGGGAUCCUUUCAGGCUGGCGGUGGUGCGCAACAGCAAUCAAUGAACUCCGGUCUAUUUGCUGGCAUGGUGUCUUCACAGCCAAUGCAGCCUUCGAAGCCGGCAUCAAAUGCAUUUAGCGGCGGCAUCGAAGAUUGGCUCGGCUGAAUUUCGAAUGCACAAACAACGUACGUAUGCAGUUUUAACUGCACCACACCAACACCUGCUAAGAACAAAUGAACUGUCCUUGAAUAAAUCCUGUUAUUUGAUACCCAUGACAACUUCCCGUCACAUUACUCUACUUUGGAUUGGUGCGUGCUUCAUAGUUAUUGGUUUUUUUUACUCCACUCAUCAAAUCAAACUUCCUUAUCAUAAUAUUGUAGCUCUUUCUUUGGAUAUUCUCUCUCCUUUCUCACUCAACUGCGUACGGAUAAUGAACAUAGAAUGUUGCCAAGCUGGGGACGCCUGCUUUUCUGCUGCACUGGCUGGGCACCAUGGCAUUGGCACUUUGAAGACGAUCAUAAAACUAUUACUUCAACUUCAAGUAUGUCAUGUCACUAUAAUUAUAUCCUUGACGUGUCCGAAUAAGGACAUAGCUGUUACCACGGCUACAUAAUUAUACUGACGCCAAAGGGCUCUGUAAGGAGCUGCCAUUCCCUACAUACACUGGCACUGUCAGAUAAAUGUUUUAGCAGCGACUGCAGCGCAGACACUGUAGAACAUCUAUACAAAUCACGCUUUAAAACGGGCUUCUUUGCCCACGCUAGCUGCUUCCAGUUGAUAAUAAUAAUUAUUAUUAUUGCUUUCCUAUCCUUUGGUGUUGCUUGUUACAGCUGUUCUCCCUCCUGUUCUCUUUUCUCUUUCUUUUCUUAAAGUCUUCUUUGAUGUCACUUUUGAAAGCAUGCGCAUAUGCCGCUUCAUUUGAAUGAUUCCAUCCUGUAUCAGAGAAAGUAAUUCAUUUUUCAAAGUACAUGUCCAAUAUAAGUUAA